UCCACAAUCCAUCCAUUAUUCUCUCGCUCAUUAUUAUUCCCCACUCUCUCUCUCUCUCUCCUUCCCACUGCUGCUGCUGCCCCGCCAGCCGCCGCCGGAGACGACCGCCGCCGCCGGAGCGUCCCGGGGGUCCCGCCGCUUGCUGCUUCGGGUUGCCCGGUGGGUGCGCGUGCCUCAUGCGGCGGUCCUGCCACAGGCUCCGUGGGGGCGGUGGCGGAGACGCGCUGCUGCGGCGUGGCUGGUACGUUGGUGCUCGGAGCCGGGUGUGAUUCGACGGGAUUCGGCGGACGGGGCUCGGUUUCUACGGGCGUACUUCGGUGGCGGCGGGGAGGCGGGGAUUCGGAGGUUUCGUGGGGAGGGCGGCCGAUCUGGUGGCGCUCGUGCGGGGGAGCGAGCUGAUUCGGCCCGAUUCGGCGGAGCGGCGGCGGGAUCUCUAGCUAGGCCAUGGGGCUGGCGCCGCCGGAGCUGGGGCAGUUCGACGGGUGGGAGAGCUCGGGCGAGGAGGAGCGGGAGCGGUGGGGGUGGUGCCGCCGCAGCCGCAGCAGCAGCAGGCGCGGGAAGCGGCUGCCCAGCAAGGGCGGGGACGACGGCGGCGUCGCCACCGGCUGCUGCAUCCGGCUGUGGCCGGCGGGGAGCUGCCCGCGCCCGCCGCGCUCCAAGGUCGACACCUCCACCAGCAGCGCCAGCACGCACGGCGCAGAAAAAUCAACAGAAAAUGGUAGCAGGAACCAACCAGUUGCAUCAGUAGUCUCAGGCUCGACAUCUACUAGUAAUGCCGAGAGCAGUUCAUCAGCAUCUAAAGCUGGAGAUGACAUAAAGGUUUCCUCCAAGUUGCGCAAGUUUGCAUUCAAUGACCUAAAAUGUGCCACACGGAACUUCAGACCCGAGAGUCUUCUUGGUGAAGGAGGUUUUGGGUGUGUGUUCAAAGGGUGGAUUGAAGAAAAUGGAACUGCACCUGUGAAACCUGGUACAGGUCUUACAGUUGCUGUCAAGACACUCAAUCAUGAUGGUCUUCAAGGGCACAAAGAAUGGGUGGCAGAAGUUGACUUUCUUGGUAAUCUUCACCACCCCAAUUUGGUCAGAUUGAUUGGAUAUUGUGUUGAAGAUGACCAAAGAUUGCUGGUAUAUGAAUUUAUGCCACGCGGAAGUUUGGAUAAUCAUCUAUUCAGAAGGUCUCUUCCUCUCCCAUGGUCCAUCAGAAUGAAGGUUGCUCUUGGGGCAGCACAGGGUCUUUCCUUCCUUCACGAAGAAGCAGAAAGACCAGUCAUUUAUCGCGAUUUUAAAACAUCUAAUAUACUGUUAGAUGCGGAAUACAAUGCAAAGCUCUCAGAUUUCGGGCUUGCUAAAGAUGGCCCUGUAGGUGACAAAACUCAUGUGUCUACUCGAGUAAUGGGAACCUAUGGGUAUGCAGCUCCAGAGUAUGUCAUGACAGGUCAUUUGACAUCAAAAAGUGACGUCUACAGCUUCGGUGUGGUGCUGCUUGAGAUGAUGUCAGGGCGCCGAUCGAUGGACAAGAACCGCCCAAACGGCGAGCACAACCUUGUUGAGUGGGCACGCCCACUCCUAGGAGAGAGGCAACGCUUCUACAAGCUAGUUGACCCUCGUUUGGAGGGCAACUUCUCAGUCAAAGGUGCCCAGAAGGCGGCACAGUUAGCACGCGCAUGUCUGAGCCGGGACCCCAAAGCCCGGCCACUGAUGAGCCAGGUGGUGGAAGCUCUCAAGCCUCUGCUCAACCUCAAGGACAUGGCCAGCUCCUCCUACUUCUACCAAACUAUGCAGGCCGAGAGGAUGGCGCACUCGAGCAGCAUGAACGGCAGGAGCAGCCACAGCCUCAAGGUGCACGGCUCAUUCGCGCGGGCGAACGGACAGCAGCCCAUGAGGAGCAUGUCCGACGGCCCCCGUGCUUCCCCGUUCCGCUACUCGCCGAAGCCAAACAUGAAAUAGGUAGCUCGGCUCGUCGUGAACCUGCAUCUGUUCUUCCGAUGGAACUUGGGUUGGGGUUAGGGGCGGGUAAACGUUGUUGUGCGACCUGAAUUGAUCUGUCUGUCUGUCGUGUAGAUUUGACAUGUGAAGAAGGAUAUAGGUGAAAAGGGAGAUGUAGGUGAGGGGAUUUUCCCCUUGUUGAUGAUUUGCGUUGAAGGAUACUGCUGGUAGACCGUCUCUCUGUA